AUGGUUAUAUUUAUGCCCCUCCCGUUGGACGAGGAAAUCAAGGCCUUUGAGGAUUUGGUUCUCCAGCGAACGUACCGCUUUACCAACCGAGCUCUGAUUCGCGAGGCUCUUCAAGGCUCUAGUCUAUUCAAUCCAGGCGGCAAUAAGGUUCUCGCCUUGGCUGGCGACGCCACUCUCCGCCAAAUUCUCAUUGACCAGGGCCGAGACAGAAACAAGUCACCAGAAGAGAUCCAGAAUGUCAUCACCAAGGUGGCCUCUAAUAGCAACCUGAAUGACCAGGGCGUUGCCCUAGGCCUUGACCCCUUCAUCGUGAAGAAUCCGGGCCAGUGGGGCCUUGUGGCUGGGAGGAAUGUUAUGGCUACCACCAUGGAAGCCAUAAUUGGCGCAGUCCGCUAUGACUCAAACAAGAACGGCGAUGACUGCGAAAGGGUUAUGGCUGCCCUCGGCCUCUCCUGGUUCGAGUGA